AUGAAGGAAGAUGUUGUUUCAUUCUUAGAGGAAAGUGCACGAGUCAUGUCGUACUAUGAAUCUCAAUAUGCUUGUGGAAUGACACCGUGGUCGCGGACCCGGAAGCCGAAGCUGCUGUUCUUCCUGCCAAACUUUCUCUGGCGCCCUGCCGGACCCAUCCGCCUUUCAACUGAUCUCAACGUCUGGCUCGACGCGGCGAAGAUCUGCAUGCAUUCCACGGUGUGGAGGCUCGGUGCCUACAACGAGGAGGUGAAGCAGUACUUCGUCGAGAGCGGCGGGGUCCUGGGGAACCCGGGACGCGAGACCAUAAGCAAUUGGUUCAAGAUCGAGAAGGUGGACGAGGAUUACAAGCUCGUGUUCUGUCCCACGGUGUGCGACACUUGCAAGGUGAUAUGUCGGGACGUCGGGGUUUAUGUGGAUGGUGCGACGCGGCGUUUGGCCUUGAGCGACGAGCCGUUCCGGGUCAUGUUCAAGAAGGCACGAGGCGCGGGCGCAGCCCCAAGUGCAUGCAGAUUAUGCGAGGCAUGA